CCAGGUCGCAGCGGCUCCCGGGAAGGCCGGGCGCGAGCCCUCCUCGCUCCGUCCGCCCUCUGUCCGUCCGCCCUCUGUCCGUCCGCCCGUCCGCCCGGGUCCGUCCGCGGAGCAUGCGGUCCGGGCCCGCGCGCCGAUGAGAGGAGGAUGGGGACGCAGGGCAGCCCGGUGAAGAGCUACGACUACCUGCUCAAGUUCCUGCUGGUGGGCGACAGCGACGUGGGCAAGGGCGAGAUCCUCGAGAGCCUGCAGGACGGCGCCUCCGAGUCGCCCUACGCCUACAGCAACGGCAUUGACUACAAGACGACCACCAUCCUGCUGGACGGCCGGCGCGUGAAGCUGGAGCUCUGGGACACCUCGGGCCAGGGCAGGUUCUGCACCAUCUUCAGGUCCUACUCCAGGGGCGCUCAGGGCAUCCUCCUGGUGUACGACAUCACCAACCGCUGGUCCUUCGACGGCAUUGACCGCUGGAUCAAGGAGAUCGAUGAGCACGCCCCUGGCGUCCCCCGGAUCCUGGUGGGGAACCGGCUGCACCUGGCCUUCAAGCGGCAGGUGCCCACGGAGCAGGCGCGCGCCUACGCAGAGAAGAACUGCAUGACCUUCUUCGAGGUCAGCCCGCUGUGCAACUUCAACGUGACCGAGUCCUUCACGGAGCUGUCGCGCAUCGUGCUCAUGCGCCACGGCAUGGAGAAGAUCUGGCGGCCCAACCGCGUGUUCAGCCUGCAGGACCUUUGCUGCCGCGCAAUAGUGUCCUGCACGCCAGUGCACCUCAUCGACAAGCUCCCGCUGCCCGUCACCAUCAAGAGCCACCUCAAGUCCUUCUCCAUGGCCAACGGCAUGAACGCGGUUAUGAUGCACGGCCGCUCCUACUCGCUGGCCGGCGGGGGCGGCGGCGGGGGCAGCAAGGGCAACAGCCUCAAGCGGUCCCGCUCCAUCCGUCCCCCUCAGAGCCCCCCCCAGAACUGCUCUCGCAGCAACUGCAAGAUCUCCUAGCGAGCUCGCCGUCCCCACCACGCCCGCCACCUGCACGCGCCAGGAGGGACGUCCUAGGUUCGGCGCGGGGAUCAGCCGGCAGGGCACUUCUCCGGCCUGAGCUCGAGGGAGGGGCAUGUGGCUGGUGUCAGCGGAGCAAGCUCAAAAGGGUGGGCGUGCGCCUGCGCUGCAGACUCCGCGGGUGUCCCGCCAUUCAGGAGGCACAGCCGGCCAUGGUGGGAGACGCCCUGAGGAGCGCAGGGGCUGGGAUGGCUGUUCUCGUUUAUAGAAAACACGUGGCCUGUUUUUGUACAUUUUUAAGGGCCGUCAGGGAGGCCUGGGUGCAGUUGUGUCGUCCAUGGGAAUGUGCUGGGGACACGGGAGGGGACCGGAGGGGGGUCAGAGCUAGAGUCUGGUUCACAUCACGGGCACCGAGGCCUGCACAGAUCCAGUGGGACACGAGCGGGUGCACCCUCUGGAAGCCUCUGGCAGGCCACUUUCUGACCAUCUUGUACACUGACCCCAGUGUGGGGCUGGGAAAAGUGUCCGGGGCUCCGUCCAGUACUCGGAUGACACCGUAUGCCCACCUGUCAGAGGCCUGGAGAUGAGUAAAUGCUUUCCCAAGGGGCUGGGGUGCCCGAGCACUCUGCCAGCUCACGACCUCCCCUCGUCAGUCCCACACAGCUCAGAUUGGUCUCUCCAGAGAGACUGAGGGCUCUGUAGAGGUAAAAACACGGUCCUGGGUGCUGUGAACUGCAGAGGGAUCUUCUGGGGUGGUGGCUACUUUACACUAACCCCAGUGCCCAGGACCCAGCAGCCCAUGCUGUGCUGUAGGCCGAGUGGGGCUGCCCCUCACAAAGCUGCCUGCUGCCCCCUCCUUGUCCCUCACCCUGACCUGGGCGACGCGGCCAUUGGUCACACUGGUGCUCAACUCUACCUCCUGCCCUCAACCUCUUAGCUUGUCCCACCCCCACCCCCGGACAUCUCAGGUGGCCGGUGCGUUUCCUGAGAUGGGUCCUAAGCAGGUGGCUGGGCAACGCUGGACUCGCAGAUGUGUGCCCGGGCCUCCCAGCCUGUUCCUACAAAUGGCCUCUUAGAAUUAUGAACAGAACCCAUGGGCUUGGUUUUUCCUCGCAGACAUGGAUGGCUCUGCGUUCACGUCGACACUACCCUUCGCUGCUGUGGACUUGCUCCAUUCCUGUGUUCUCUCUGAACUGUUUUUAGUUCUUUGUACAGUGACUGUAACUUGACUGUGAC